AUGGCAGCAUUCAUAUUCACGGUUUCACAGGACGGAACCGCUGAUUUCCUAACGGUGCAGGAGGCGAUCGACGCCGUGCCGCUCGGAAACAUUCGCCGGACGGUCAUUCGGGUCUCGCCGGGAAUCUACCAGCAACCGGUGUACAUCCCCAAGACCAAGAAUUUCAUCACUCUCGCUGCUCUGGCCCCAGAGGGCACUGUGCUUACCUGGAACAACACUGCAACCGGAAUCAAUCAUCAUCAACCUGCUAGGAUUAUAGGGACUGGAACGUUUGGUUGUGGAAGUACCAUUGUGGAAGGGGAGGACUUCAUUGCUGAGAAUAUUACUUUUGAGAAUUCUGCCCCUCAGGGUUCAGGGCAAGCAGUUGCAAUUAGAGUAACAGCAGAUCGAUGUGCCUUCUACAAUUGUAGGUUCCUUGGAUGGCAGGACACAUUGUACUUACAUUACGGUAAACAGUAUUUGAAAGAUUGUUACAUUGAAGGAAGUGUGGACUUCAUCUUUGGCAAUAGCACCGCUCUUUUGGAGCACUGUCACAUCCACUGCAAGUCUGAGGGCUUCAUAACUGCACAAAGCAGAAAAUCAUCACAGGAAACUACUGGUUAUGUAUUCUUAAGAUGCGUUAUCACGGGUAAUGGAGGAAAUUCGUAUGCAUAUCUUGGACGACCGUGGGGUCCUUUUGGAAGGGUUGUCUUUGCAUACACUUACAUGGAUCAGUGUAUAAGACAUGUUGGAUGGGAUAACUGGGGGAAAAUGGAGAAUGAGAGAAGUGCUUGCUUUUAUGAAUACAGGUGUUUUGGACCUGGUUGCUGUCCAUCCAAGCGAGUAACAUGGUGUAGAGAAUUGUUGAAUGAAGAAGCUAUGCAGUUCCUCUCACAUCCUUUCAUCGAUCCAGAACCAGAGAAACCUUGGCUUGCUCAAAGGAUGGCCCUCAGAAUUCCAUAUUCUGCUUGA